CGAGGCGGCGGAACCAGCAAGGAAGAGAAUUCGUGAUUUAAAUAUAUAAAUAUAUUACACAACAAACCCACGCAUUCCGUCACGAACAAGCACACAAAACCUACACGCGCAGGCAUCGCACCGAAUCCUCGAUGUUGCCCGCCUUGUCGGCCGUUCGCCGCUCUCACGGCUGAGGCGAGACCUCCCGAGGAGCCCGACGCGUCGAGGAGCCGAUGAUCGUGGGAAGCCGGGACGCGUGAUGUAUGAGGGCAAACACAUCCACUUCUCGGAGAUCGACAACAAGCCGCUGUGCUCGUACAGCCCCAAGCUCUGCAAGCAGCGCCGGCUGAAUGGCUACGCUUUCUGCAUCCGUCACGUCCUGGAGGACAAGACGGCCCCCUUUAAGCAGUGCCAAUAUGUGGCCAAGUACAACAACCAGCGCUGUACCAACCCCAUCCCUAAAGCGGAAGAUCGCGUGUACUGCAACAGUCACCUGCAGGUUCUGGGGCUGGUGCCUAAGAAAGAGCGGAAGAAAAAGUCGGAGCAGCUGGACGAGCCGAGGGAGCGGCAGCGCGAGCGCGUGGUGCAGCACAUCGCCGAGCUCGAGGCCCCGCCGGUGCUUACGCGGGUGCCAAACGGCCUGCACGCGCUCACGCCGGCGUGGCAGACGCUUAGCCAAUCCCCGCACCACCACCCUCAUAUGGCGCCAGCCACAGCUGGAGCCCCGACGGAUGACCCCUUCGCCUUUCCCGAAGACGACGAGCAUGGCCUUCGAAAGGUCGCCGUGAAGCGCAAGCUCCAGGGAAGGCCACCGAUAGGCACUAGCGGCGGCGGGAGUCGCUCGAGACUUGUGGCCGAAAAAAACGGCGAGGUCAAGGACAUUUGCGGCAGCGGUGCGAUUAUAAAUACCUCGGCCUCUUCACCGGGCCACCUAAAGCCACACAAGGGGACGCCGCCUCCGGCGAAAGCUGAGGCUCAUGGUGCCGCCGCGUCCUUGAGGUCGGCCCAGCCCCUGCCAAUGGUACACCGGCACGGGGAGCGCUGUUUGUCGAGGACUCCUGUGGGCACCACAACGGCGGCACAGAGGGGGCUUGUACCACUCACGCUCCCCGAGUCACGGGUGGCUGGUGGCAAAGCGUUGGGAGGAGCCACCACUGGUGCCGCUGCUAGCGCCUCGUCGUCCUCGUCGUCAUCGUCGUCCUCGUCGCAUACCUCCGCCAGGGCGGCCCAAUGGCAUACCCAACCGGAUUGUGAGAGAAGUCGAGCACUGCGCCGGUUGCUGUACCGGAGCAGACAGCGGAAGCUGCUCGAUCAAGACCUGUUCACACACUUAGGCUGUGAAUGGUCAGAGGAUGAAAGCAGUGAAGAUGAGGAUAAGGUACUUCCUUGCCAAUCAACGUGGCUAUCCCACCAAGACCGGCUCAGUGAACAUGGAGUCCUCUACAGGUCGGAGUGCACAGGCUCGGACCGUGAGACGCGGAUAGCGGCGCUCUACAGCUCGCUGCGGCAUCGCUACUUGCAGCUGAGCCGCGUGGAGCGAGCGGCGGCGCGAAGGCAGAGGCACCUACGCGCUCACAGCCGUGCCUUGUUACGCGGGGCAGCCGUGUGCCCGGACGGCGUGGCAGUGUUACUGCGCCGGGACAAGCAGCCCGCCGCGACGCAGCAGCCCGCGACGUUGCACCAGCAGCCCGCGACGCAUCCCCUUGCUUCGAAAGAGGCACCAGCGGCGUCUGCAGAGACCGUGCGAGCCGGGCAGUGCUGUGUGCAGGUCAAGGGCCAGCUGUGCAGGAGCCCGACGCUGCCGUACAGCCUGCACUGCUUCCAGCAUAUCCUGUGCAGCAACUCGCAGCGGCUCUUCUCCAGCUGCACAGCGCGCUUCGCCGACGGGCAGCAGUGCUCCGUGCCUGUGUUCGACAUCGUGCACCAGACGCCGCUGUGCGAGGAGCACGCCAAGAAAAUGGUGCGUGCGCGGCCCCGGCCCGCCAGCAUGGACAACUUCCUACGCGGAGAUUGGAGCCGGAAGGCGCAGCAACAGCAACAGCAGCAGCGGAAACCACGUAAGAAGUCAAAACCGCCGGCGCUCAGCAAGAAGCACAAGAAGAAGCGGCGGCGCCCGACCAUGCGACCCCAGAAACCCAUCCCUCCCGCAGAGCCGCAGGGCAACCUGUGCAUCCCGGCGGCCACUCCGCCACCCUCCACACCCUUCGUCACCGAGCCGUCCUGUGUGGCACGCCUAAGCCCGGUGAGCGGAGACGUGGAGGAGGAUGACAUCGCCCCGGAGCUGUCGGACGAGCUGGAGCUGAACCAAGAGGACCUGGACGAGGUGCUGCCGAAGCUGCACGUGGACCUGCACGACUUCGACCUCUUCGAAGGCAAGAAUGGCGAGCUGCUCCCGACCAAGGAGGAGGCGGAGGCGCUGGAGCGGGCGCUGGUGGCGGCAUCGCACGCCGUCACCUCCCUCGAGCACCUGGGCUCCAUGGACGACGACGAGGAGCUCGUGCCCAGCGACGACCUCGGCUCCUUCAACCCCGACCUGCACGAGCUGCUGGGCGGCACCAUCGCCGCCGACUCCUUUUCAGCCCUCGACCUCGAGCAGCACUUCGGCAGCGCCGGUGCCGUCGUGGCGGCGGCGGCGGCCGCGGCAACGCAGCUGAGCCUGGGUCUGGAGCACCACCACCACCACCAUCAGCACCACCCCCACCAGCAGCUCCACCACCAACAUCAGCAGGACUGUGGCGGUGUGUCUGUCAUCACGCACUUUUCGCCACCAAUGCCGUCCUUCCAGACGUUGCCGCUCCUGCCCGCAAGGCCGCUGCUUGUUAAGCCAGACGGUCAAGCAUCGUCGUCAACACCUCCGCCGCUGAUACCAGCCGGUUUUGUCGGUGAUGGAAGCGGUGAGCGAUCGGUGCAGUCGCCGCUGCAGGAUAGUUCCCUCUUCGGCAGCGAGCGAGUGCCGUCACCAUUCCUUGGCAUCGACAGUGGCGAGGAGCCGGCGUCGGUGAGCGGACUUACGGUCGCUGUCACGACCCAAUUUACGGGGAGCGAGGAAUCGCAGGCCAUGCUGGGACACUCGCUGCCGCCCUCCAUGUCGCUGUCCGUACCCCCCGGCACUGUGACCACCACCACCACCGCCGGGCUGGUAAUGCAGAGGUCGCCCUCCUGGGGGUCGCUGGUGUUAACCGACGCUAGUGCGUUUGCCGCAGGGGCGGCGCAGGACGGGGCGGUGCCAUGCACGGCGUCCACAAUGCUCGCGUACUCCCCGGACGGCAUCCCCGCACCCAUCGGCACCAGCCUCGUUCAGACGCUAGCGUCAACCAGCGCGCACGGUCUCCCGCAGGCUCUUGAUGUCACCACGCAUUCCCCAUUCUCCGCGAGCGGCACCACGGGGGCGGCAGCUCAGUCGCCCGCUCUGCUCACGGCAGAGCUGGCGGCAUCGCCGCUGGGGCCACUCGCUCAGGCGCACGCAACCGGGCAGGUGCUGAGCUCCCCCGGCACGAGCGCUGGGCAGGACUUGGCGACUGCAGCGGCCGUGGCCAGCAUGGGGACAGCGCCUCUUUCGAACUCUGCGCAACUGCAGACUCAAGCGCAGCUGCUGCAGCAGCAGCAGCAGACAGGAAGUUGGAACUCGUCACUUGCGCAGCAGCAUAAACUGCCACAGUUCAGCGCAGCAUUUGGCUCGCAGCUGUCGAGUGGCCGAGGUGGGAUUCCCAAAGAUGUGCAGCCGCUAUGCUCGGUGGUGCCACCGUUGGCUCACUCAACGACCGCCUCGACACUGUCGAACUCGGGCGGCAGUGGCGACGGCGGUGUCAGCAGCACCAUCAACGCGAUGCCUCCCACGGUACCUCCACAACCACCUUCCUCCACCUCUCCCCCACCUCCCACAUCGCCAUCGCAGAGCAAAUCGUGACUCGUGGCUGCGAACGCUUGUGAAACGCAACGACUCUUACUUCUAGCACUGUGACGCUGACAGCCACUGGCAAAAAAAAAACAAUAAUAAAGAAACGUACGCCGCUCGGGCAUUGCUUGGGUUUGCGGGGAAAAAGCGGUGGUGGAUCUUGGCGGACAAUGAAUGCAGCUCUGGAGAUUUGCAAAUCGGUGAUGAAAUGCUCCGUAGGCGAUUUGAAAAGUUGUGCAGCAGUCGUUGGCAUUUGAGUGCAGAGUGAGGUGAGUCAUGACAGGGAAAGCUGUGAUGAACAGGUGUGUGCGAGGUGCGUGUGUGUGACUUUAUAGUUACAAAAGUGUAUAAGGAUCUUAGAAUGUAACAAUGUUUUGGGAGGGUUAUUUUUUCCCCAAACUCUGUCUUGGCAUAAUAUGCAAGCCUGGUUAAGGGAGUGGGUGUGGGAAGCGCAUAUAAGAGCGGUGUUGAAGUUCAUCAUGCAGUACGGUUGGAUUUUAGGAAUUUUACAAUUAAGCCAGGAAUCUUUCCCACCUCUUGCUAUAUAGUAUUAAUUGCCAUCCAGUAAUGCUUGGCCCACGGUUGGCUCACUGACAGUCAUUAAUAUGUUAGGACACCAAAGUGCUUGUGUCACGUCCAGACAUAGCCAGCUGUAUGCCACAGUUACAAACAGCCGGAAAUGCUGGUGGGUUAUGGGUGUGAGUUGGUCACUGAGAGAGGACCACCCUUUCGGUACACCAGCUUGACCGCAUUGUACUAUUUGGCAUGUGGACAUGCCGCCUGAUAAACAUAUCGGAAGAGCACUUACAGAAAUAAUUUAUCAGAAGCUCUUUGCUGUGCACGUGUAUCUAUGUAAAAAGUAAUGUGUAAGGGAAAUAAUUGAAGCGCAGUGGUUAUGUGACCCGGGCCACCUUAUUUUGAUUCUCAGCCACAGAUUAAAUUAGUGCCGAGUGGUAAUCUGAAGCAAUCCUGCCCCCCCCCCCCCCCACCUUUUACCAACCCACACGAGCUCGCGUGAAGUAUGGUCAAACAACAUCGUGGGUAGGUAAACUUGUAAAUGGUCAACCAUAAUUCUCUCUCAAUGAGCUUUGUGAACGAUGGGAUAAAGGUAACAACUGUUUAGUUUUCUCUCAACUAAAACUUCAGUAUGGGCAUUGAACGGGUUAUAAGCAGUUGUGUGCGUAUGACCACAAAGCAGCUGUACUGCUGGUGAGACCCAACAAUAGGCCGAGACACUUGUGUACGCAGUAGCUCUUCUGAGCCAAGUGUACUUUUUAAGUUGUGCGAUUGUGCGUGCUUGUAAGUGUUUAUCUCAGUAAAGUCGAAGCACUACAAAUGAAAUAUUAAGCCCACACUCGAAAGGGUGGAAUCUCAAAUAAAACCAAGCCCAAAAGUUGUUUUUGUUUAUCCCAUUAAAUUAUCAUGUUGAACGGUGCGCUGUUGCGUUCUCCCGAUUUUCAACAAGAGGCAGGAGAGCUUGGGGUUGGUUGUGCGUGCCACUCGUAAUGCCUGUGAGGAAAGUACCCGCGUUGAGUGCCCGGACUGCGUUCAGCAGGAAACUCGAUCCUCACAAACGGAGGAGAACGCCUGAAGAGAGUGAGUCGUAAUAUGUAUCACUAACUUCAUUUGACGGUGGUUUCAUUCGUAGUUGUACACCACUGUCAAUGCGAUGGCAAAAGACCGGGUGGUACUUAUGAACACUUAGGGCUCCCGCAAGGUGCACCAUUUUUAAAUCUUCGUGGUUGCUUGUCGAUGGUGAAAUACAAGUGUAAGGUAUACAGAUUUAUUGGAAUGCUCACCUGGUAAAGGUCGUGCUGUUAAUAUAAUUAUCCUGUAAAGCGACCUAUUUUUUUAUUCUAUAAAUUGUCCACUGCCCUCAAAAGACAUUGCCACAGAGCUAAGGACGCACUGUGAACGUGGCGUUUUGUGAAUUGGCGAGGCCGGGUGACUUAGGAAUAUUAAUUUGCGUCUUUUGUCAGUGAGAUUGUAUCGUAUGCAUUGUAUUCUAUUCUAAAUGAUCCCAGAUUUAAAGGAGAAAAAUAAAACACGAAAAAUUGUCCGUUUAAAUCAUUGCUGUACACUUGUAUAUGAGGUGAUUGUUGACUGUGUGCCGACAUGUUUUUGAAUAGAAGAUAAUCAGGAAAAAAACGUGUGCUAAGCUUUUUUUACGUGUGACUUUUCGUUUUGGAAAUAAGCAGUUAGUGGUAACUGGGCAGAAACUGAAGUUUGAUUUAAAACGACCAAUUGUUUUGUCUACUAUUACCAGCCAAUUUAUUUUUUUACUGCUCUAUUUAUUUGACACUUAACUAAAUGUAUAUUUCUUGUGCGCGGUGUUAAAGUAAAAGAUCUAAGCUUGCGACACUUCCUACAAAUUGUGACAUGGCAUGAAAAAUGUCGGCAGGGGAUUGAAUACAGGGCAGAGGUGAAUUGCUUCAAAGACACGCCAGCUGUGCUUUAGGUAAGAAACGGCCAAUUUAACAAUUGUGAUGAGUUCCCAUGACGUUUAUAGUUUGAAUUUAUACCCUUUCCCCAUAGCCCCACAAACGGAAAUUGUGCUCUUAAGAUUCCAAGCCCACCGUGUAUUUCAACAAGUGAUACGUGUAUAUAGGUGGUGGUGGUAUGUGCCACUUCAAUUGCCCUGUUUCAUGGCCCUAGCAAAUGCAUUGUUAGUCAAAUAACCUCAGAUGCUCAUGUUUACUGCGACAAACCAAUUACAUGAAACUGAAAGCCAUGAAUGAUCGCUUUUUUUAAUUUGUUCGAUUUUUUUUUAUUUCGGUUUUUUUGAAAAAUGCACUUUGUCCUCUUUCCUACACUCAGAAUCCAAAACCACACUUCGCGUUACAGAUCUGUGAUGGCAAUCAGGUUUUCAUAACUGAUUCUACCUAAUCGUCGGCGGUUUGGGAGGCGCGCACGCGGUUUUACUUCUGGGUGGAGGUGCCGCCACGUGGCGUCACUCGAAAACGAGCGUAGCCUCGCGGUGGGUUUCGCGUGGAGCGUUUCACUUCCUCUGGUAAAAGUUCACCGGUGCAGGGGCAGGUCACACGUUGAGGCCUGUAACCUUUGCACCGGUUUGCAAGUGUUGUUUGGAAGGGUUUGUGGUGCUGAAUUAAAACCAAUGGAAUUUUUUUAAAUCAAAUAAAGCAAAUGCAAAUACUCCUUUUCCCCUGCCUCUCCCCACACCCUUUGGGAAGUUAAAGCUUUAGAUGUAGACAUCUUCACUUAAGCAUUCAUGGAAAAAAAGCUUUUCUUUCCCCGUUGAUAAUUUCACCUAACUCGCACGUAAAAUUUAAUGCACACUGUAAUGGUCACGGUUACUUUUUGCAGCAUACACCCCCUUCCUUAAAACACUUGCCUUUACAAAUUGUGAGAUUGCAGGCUGGUCGGGACAGUGACUAGUGUUUCUCGGUGUAUUUUUGAAUGUAUAUUAAACCGUUGCUGUAGCGUUUAGAUUUUGUGUAAUUUCACACUUUUUAAAAAGUCCUGUAAAGCUGUUGAUGUUCAUCCCCGAGUUUACGACUGUAAAGAAUUUCCAGUGUACAAAUGCUGUAACAUCUGUAUAUAACGUGAAUAAAUAUCACAGAUAAUA